CACACCAAUUAGCAAAUUGCGCGCUCCGCGUGGGAAUCUGAUCGAUGGCGAGCAGGAGGUCUCGGUCACAUCAGUCGAGCUCAUCCACCAGGACAACUGACGAAGAACAGAUCCUGCUGAGUCGCCUGGCGUCCAAGCUGCAGCAACUUCUCCCCAUCGCUGCCGCCGGUCAUCACUCCCAUUCCCGCAGACAGGUAUCGGCCACCGACGUCCUGGAGGAGACUUGCAGGUACAUCAGAAGCCUGCACCGCGAGGUGGACGACUUGAGCGAAAGGCUCUCCGAGUUGCUGCCCGGUGGCACCGGUGCCGAUGCUGCUGCUCAAGAUGAGAUCAUUAGGAGCUUGUUCCAUGGCGAUUGAGAAUGUUAUUAAUUAAAUUCGAUGGAGAUCUACUAGUUCCGGAAUACCUAGUUAUGCAUGACAGCGACUUUGAUGUACCAAGACAAAGCAAUAAUUUAAUUACUAUGUUCCAUCGUUCUCCUGCA